AUGUGCAGUAGCUCUCGGACGUCCAUGGCCGAGCGCAGGCAGGGCCUCUGCAGCGAUGUCAUCGACUGUCGCCAGCUGGUGUCCAUGUCCUGCUUCUGCAGUCUCAAAGCCUGGGUCCGCGUGGGCAGCCCUCUCUGGCCCUGGGUGGUGGGUACGCAGGACGCGUGUGCCAAGGAAGCGGCUAGGACGUGCCCACGUUCUGCGGGCCUACGGCCUACCCUGCAGGAGACGGUGCACAGGAGCGCCAACUCCCAGAGCAGGGGGCGCCUGGGGCGUCCUGAGUACCUGUUCUGGGGAUACAUGCCUGGCAUCGAGCUGGCAGGCUCCGAUGAGGACGCCUUCGAGCGAAUGCGGAGACGCAUGCAGGAGCUCGAGCUCCAGAACGAGAAGUUGGUGGACAUGGUGAGCUCCUCGCGUCACGAGGCAAGGGCUCUCGCCCUGGAGAAAGAGAAACUCCUGGACAUGGUGGCCGCCUCCCGCAGUGACACCAAAGCCGCCACAGCAAUAGGGGACACUUUCGCCGGCGUUUUCAACAAGUUCGGCGCAGCUGCCCCGCAGAAGGCGCUCACAUCGGCCCAGCCCCACGGCGGAGAGCCCUCCAUGGAGAACGAGAUGCUGAGGGAGCAGCUGUCGACCCUGAGGGAGGCGUACCAGGAGCUGCUGCGGGAGCGCGACGAGGCGGCGCACACGCCAGCCUCCGGCGGGGGCGGCGGCGCCGAGGCCGCGAGCAGCGCGAGCAGCGCGGCGGCGAUUGCCGCGGCCUCCGAGGAAGCGGCGUUGCUGCGGGAUCAGCUGAUGUCGGCGCACCAGGCCUACCAGGAGGCGCAGCAGGCCUUGGAGCAGUUGGCCACGGGCAAAGCGGAGCUCGAGGACCGGCUCGCGGCCUCGGAGGCUUCAUGCAAGGACGCCAGGCGGCAGAUCGAGGAGCUGACCCCCCGGGCGGGCUCGCCGGAGAGGCCUGAACUCCCGGACCCCGACAGGCUCGCGGAGGAGCUGGCGGAGGAGCGGCGACGCAACCUGGAGGCCUCCAGCCGAGAGGCGGAGCUGUCGGAGCUGUUGAAGACGCGCGACGCGCAGGAGCGGAAGCGCGCGCAGCUGGCCGAGGUGCAGCUCGAGCGCGCCGCGCAGGAGCGCGACGCGGCGCUGGAGCGCGCCGCGGAGGCGGAGCGCUCCCUGCAGGAGUGUGUGUCGCAGCUUCGCGACGAGUCGGAGGCUGCGAAGGACCGCGUCAUUGAGCUCGAGGAGGCACUGACCAGGAGUCAAGAGGAGCAGGUGGCGAAGUUCGGGGAAGAGUCCAGCACUGACAGGGGGCGCGUCGCCGAGCUCGAGGACGAAUUGGCCAAGAGUCGGAAGGCGUUCGAGGCCGAGGUUGCGAAGAUGGAAUCGGCACAAUCUCGGCUUUCGGGAGAUGCCGAGGAGGCAAGGGCCAAGGCUGCUGAAUUGGAGGAGCACGUGUCCAAGUUCCGGGGCGAGUCUGAGGCUGCGAGGGGCCGCGUCGUCGAGCUCGAGGGUGAGCUGGCCAAGAGGAGGAAGGCUGACGAGGCCGAAAGUGCGAAGCUGGAAUCGCUGCACUCGCGACUCUCAGCAGAUGUCGAGGAGGCACGGGCUAAGGCUGCUGCAUUGGAGGAGCAAGUGGCGAAGUUCCGGGGCGAGUCCGACACUGCGAGGGGCCGCGUCGCCGAGCUCGAAGACGAGUUAGCCAAGAGUCGGGAGGCGGUCGUGGCUGAUGGUGCGAACCUGGAGUCGGCGCAGUCGCGGUUUUCGGCUGACGCCGAGGAAGCGAUGGCCAAAGUGGCUGCAUUGGAGGGGCAAGUGGCGAGGUUCCGGGGCGAGUCCGAGACUGCGAGGGGCCGCGUCGCCGAGAUCGAGGAUGAGUUAGCCAAGCGGGAGGAGCUACUGGCGAGGUUACGGGGCGAAUCCGAGACUGCGAGGGGCCGUGUCGCCGAGCUCGAGGAUGAGCUAGUCAAGACUCGCGAGGCAGACGAGGCUGCGGUCGCGAAGCUGAGAUCGGCGCAAUCGCUGUGUUCGGCAAGUGCCGAAGAAGCCAGGACCAAGGCUGCCACAUCUGAGGAGCAAGUGGCGAGGUACAGAGGCGAGUCCGAGACCGCAUGGGCCCGCAUCGCCGAGCUCGAGGAGCAAACGUCGAAGUUUCGGGACGAGUCCGAAACUGCAAUGGGACGCGUCGCCGAGCUCGAGGAUGAGUUAGCCAAGAGCCGAGAGGCGGUCAAGGACAUGGCUGCGAAGCUGGAGUCGUUGCAGACGCAGCUCUCGGCAGAUGCCGAGGACGCAAGGGCCAAGGCUGCUGCACUGCAGGAGCAGGUGACGAGUCUUCGUGAUGAGGCCGUGGCAGCGAGGAGCUGCGCCACGGAGUUGGAGGACGAGCUGGCUAAGAAUCGGGAGGAGGCCGUGGUGAAGGGCGCCAAGUUGGACUCUAUGCAGUCCCGACUCUUAGCAGAUGCCGAGAAGGCACAGUCGACGAUUGCUGCGCUGGAGGAGCAGGCGUUGCAUCUUCGAGAAGAGUCCGAGGCUGCGAGAGACCGCGCCGCCGAGCUCGAGCUCGAGUUGGCCAAGAGCCUGGAGGCCGCGAAGGAGCAAGUGUUGCAGCUCAAGGACGAGUCCCACACUGCGAGGAGUCGCAUCGCCGAGCUCGAAAAUGAGCUAGUCAAGAGCCACGGCGAAGCGGAACAGGCAGCUGCCCUCGAGAAGGCAAAUGUUCGAGCCGCCGCCCUGGAGCGUGAGCUCGAGCUGGCCCGACAUGAGGCCGCCAGGGCCGCGGACAGGUGCGCUGAGGACGUGGUCGACCUGCGGCGAGAGGCAGAGUCCCUCAGGCAGGAGCUCCGGAAGUCCUCCGAGCAGCGCCGCGCUCUGCAGCGCCGCAUGAGGGAGCAGGGCGGCGCGGGCGAAGGCCGCGCGUCCUCCUGGGCCCGGCGAGGCUCCCCGGACCCAGCCGAGGAGGCGGGUCCUGGGGGCAUGCUAUACAUGCAGAAGAUCGAGGAGCUCGAGGCCGAGAACGCGCGGCUCGAGGACGUGGCGCGGAACGCGGCGUCCCUCUACGUGCCGAAGAUACAGGAGCUCGAGGACGAGGCCCUGGAGGCGCAGCGAGAGCUCGACCAGGCGCUGGAGAUGCAGCGCGCGCUGCAGCAAGACCUGUCCGCCAAGGCCAUCGUCAUCCGCGAGCUGCUGCGGCGCAGCGGGCUGACCGCAGGGCAGGGCCGCAUGCGCCGCAUGCUGGCCGCCGCUGGCAGCCUCGCAGGCAACCUCGCCGGCGGCGAGGCGAGCGGCGAGGCCGCGUCCUCCGAGCCGCCCCUCCGCGCCACCGAGCUGGAGCGGGCGCUGGAGCGGGCGCUGGCCGAGGACAGCAUGGCGUCACGAUCCAAUUUCUUGCGGCACCUAUGA